UAUUAACCCGCCCGUCUCAGACUGACUCAUUGGUCAGCUUUUGCAAUGUCGUCAGCAGUAGCAGUAGCAGCAGCGGCAACAGCGGUAGCAGUAUUUUCUUUUCUAAAAGACACCAUCGAUAUCAUCAUAUCACGCCAUCGAAUUCCACCAAUUCAAUAUUAUUAUUAUUCAAUUCACCUCAGCAUCCUCGUGGCACUCAUCAUCAUCGUCUGAUAUGGGGUCGGUUUGGCGACAAGAAAGGGCUGGGACAGUUUGAUCACCUCCAAGCAGCAACAUAACGUGAAACCCCCCGUGUGGUCCGGCCUACCUUGUAAUUUCAAAAUAAAUACUCGCGCUUAUCUAUGGUGCUGCACGUGGCUUCCAUCUCUUAAGCAAGAAAGUAAUGCAUCAG